GGCGGCGGCGGCGGCGGCACGCGCAGGAGCUAGAGGGGCUCAUCUGCAGCUGGAAAGUAUGUGCUCAUGAAGAGGAUGCUUGCUCUUCAAACUGAUGAUAUCUUGGGAGUAUUGUCAACUGAUCUAAGAAACUUCUGUAAAACAAAUUUCCCUAGCAGUGUGUUAAGAUAAGCAUGUGCCUUGCAACUUGUUAGAAGGCACGAAAGCUACCACCUUCAGGGAGUGAACAGUGUGAUAAAUGUUAUCACAUUGAAAGAAAACAUCCUGCUAACCACAAAAGUUAUUUUCCACAAGUGAAGCUCCCCUCGACAGAUCUGCUUGCCACCCGUAAGACCAGCAAACACUCUCAAGAUUCUUGAGAUAAAAGGUUGCCAUAUCAUCUCAGGGAAACUGUAACCAGUGGCUGGUUUCUUGGAGCAACAACUCAAACCAAUAAUGGACAGCUGAUACCUGUUAAACUGUGCCUGGGAGACAGCUUAAUCACAGUAGCAACACUGCAGAAGCAGCAUCAAAGAGCAGGGGACUUUUGUGUUCCCGAGUCAUUGGGAAUAUGCCCAGUAUCUCAGCUGCUGAAGCGGCUGCAGUUUCUACCUAGAUCUCUCCAGGCCUUGUAAUCAUGUCUGUUAGCGCAACAGAGAGCGAUCCUCCUAGAUUCUUCGUGGGUGGAGAAGAUGGGGAGGAAUUGCUGGACUCGGCCAGAUCUGCAGAUUACGAUCACUUCUAUGGCCAUGCAGAGGAGGAGGAGGAGGAAUAUGACUCUCCACCAGAAAGACAAAUUCUAGUUGGGAUUUGUUCAAUGGCUAAGAAAUCUAAGUCCAAACCAAUGAAAGAAAUUCUUGAACGCCUCUCCAUGUUUAAGUACAUAACUGUUGUAAUAUUUGAAGAGGAUGUUAUUUUGAAUGAGCCAGUAGAAAAUUGGCCUUCAUGUGACUGUCUCAUUUCCUUUCAUUCUAAAGGUUUUCCACUGGACAAAGCAGUUGCCUAUGCAAAACUCAGGAAUCCAUUUGUAAUCAAUGACUUGAAUAUGCAGUAUCACAUACAGGACAGGAGAGAAGUAUACAGUAUUCUUAAAGCUGAAGGCAUUUUACUUCCUCGUUAUGCAGUUCUAAACCGUGAUCCAAACAAUCCCCAAGAAUGUAGUUUGAUUGAAGGAGAAGAUCAUGUGGAAGUGAAUGGGGAAAUUUUCCAAAAGCCUUUUGUAGAAAAGCCAGUUAGUGCUGAGGACCACAAUGUUUACAUUUAUUAUCCAACAUCUGCUGGAGGUGGAAGCCAGAGGCUCUUUCGGAAGAUUGGCAGCAGAAGCAGUGUAUAUUCCCCUGAAAGCAGUGUGAGAAAAACAGGCUCCUAUAUUUAUGAGGAAUUCAUGCCUACAGAUGGCACUGAUGUGAAGGUGUACACAGUAGGUCCAGACUAUGCUCAUGCUGAAGCCCGGAAGUCUCCAGCUCUGGAUGGCAAGGUAGAACGAGAUAGUGAAGGCAAAGAAGUGAGAUACCCAGUCAUCCUGAAUGCAAGAGAGAAGUUAAUUGCUUGGAAAGUAUGCCUUGCUUUCAAGCAAACAGUUUGUGGCUUUGAUUUAUUGCGUGCUAAUGGACAAUCCUAUGUCUGUGAUGUGAAUGGCUUCAGUUUUGUGAAGAACUCCAUGAAAUACUAUGAUGAUUGUGCUAAGAUACUUGGAAAUAUCAUAAUGAGAGAACUUGCUCCCCAGUUUCAAAUUCCAUGGUCGAUUCCUUUGGAAGCUGAAGACAUCCCUAUUGUGCCAACAACCUCUGGAACAAUGAUGGAGCUUAGAUGUGUUAUAGCUGUAAUACGUCAUGGGGACCGAACACCAAAACAAAAAAUGAAAAUGGAAGUAAAACAUCAGAAGUUUUUUGACCUCUUUGAAAAAUGUGAUGGAUAUAAAUCUGGAAAACUAAAACUGAAAAAACCAAAACAGUUGCAGGAAGUGCUUGAUAUAGCAAGGCAACUUCUUGUAGAACUUGGGCAAAACAAUGAUUCUGAAAUUGAAGAAAGUAAAGCAAAACUUGAACAGCUAAAGACUGUGUUAGAAAUGUAUGGGCAUUUUUCAGGGAUAAAUCGCAAAGUCCAGUUAACGUAUCUUCCUCAUGGUUGCCCGAAAACUUCCAGUGAAGAAGAAGAUAAUAGAAGAAAUGAGCCAUCACUGCUUCUGGUUCUAAAAUGGGGAGGAGAACUGACCCCUGCAGGCAGGGUUCAAGCAGAGGAGCUUGGAAGGGCUUUCAGGUGCAUGUAUCCUGGUGGACAAGGAGAUUAUGCUGGAUUUCCUGGAUGUGGUUUGCUUAGAUUACAUAGCACUUAUCGACAUGAUCUCAAAAUCUAUGCCUCUGAUGAGGGACGAGUUCAGAUGACUGCAGCAGCUUUUGCAAAGGGACUACUGGCCUUAGAGGGUGAACUGACUCCUAUUCUUGUCCAGAUGGUAAAAAGUGCUAAUAUGAAUGGUCUGCUGGACAGUGACAGUGAUUCUUUAAGCAGCUGUCAGCAUCGUGUUAAAGCAAGACUCCAUGAAAUUCUUCAGAGAGACAGAGAAUUUACUGCAGACGAUUAUGAUAAGCUUACUCCAUCUGGAAGCAUCUCUCUGAUAAAAUCAAUGCAGUUUAUCAAAAAUCCUGUAAAGACAUGUGACAAAGUCUAUUCCUUAAUCCAGAGCUUGACUUCUCAGAUCAGGCAAAGAAUGGAAGAUCCAAAGUCUGCAGAUAUUCAACUGUACCAUAGUGAAACACUAGAACUAAUGCUGCGCAGGUGGGCCAAGUUGGAGAAAGAUUUUAAAACGAAGAAUGGAAGAUACGAUAUUAGCAAAAUUCCUGAUAUUUAUGACUGUAUAAAAUAUGAUGUUCAGCACAACGGUUCUUUAAAAUUAGAAAACACAAUGGAAUUAUACAGGCUUUCAAAGGCUUUAGCUGACAUUGUGAUCCCUCAGGAAUAUGGUAUUUCCAAGGCUGAGAAACUAGAGAUUGCCAAAGGUUACUGCACUCCUCUAGUUAGAAAAAUCCGUUCUGACCUUCAGAGAACUCAAGAUGAUGAUACUGUAAAUAAGCUUCACCCUCUCUACUCCAGGGGUGUUAUGUCCCCUGAACGUCAUGUUCGUACGCGGCUGUAUUUCACCAGCGAGAGUCAUGUUCAUUCCCUGUUAUCCACCCUUCGCUAUGGUGCCUUAUGUGAUGAGUCAAAAGAUGAACAAUGGAAGAGAGCUAUGGAUUAUCUGAAUAUUGUCAAUGAACUCAAUUACAUGACUCAGAUUGUUAUCAUGCUUUAUGAGGAUCCAAACAAGGAACUUUCUUCAGAGGAACGUUUUCAUGUAGAGCUGCACUUUAGUCCAGGCGCAAAAGGCUGUGAGGAAGAUAAAAAUUUACCAGCUGGAUAUGGAUACAGACCUGCCUCCCGAGAGAAUGAAGGCUCAAAGAAAACCUCCCAUAGAAAUGAUAGUGAUGAGGAGGCACAUGCUUCUAAAAGGGAUGAAACAGAUCGGUCAGUAGUGAUGUUCAAGCCAAUGGUAUCGGACCCAAUUCACAUACACAGAAAGUCACCUCUUCCAAGAUCCAGGAAGAUUGGUUCUGUUGAAGAAGAGAGCCCCCUGAGUGUGUCUAGCCCAGAGUGUAUUGGUACCUGGCUGCAUUACACCAGUGGUGUGGGUACUGGGCGUCGAAGACGCAGAUCAGGGGAACAAAUCACUUCUUCCCCUGUCUCCCCUAAAUCAUUGGCUUUCACAUCCAGUAUUUUUGGCUCAUGGCAACAGGUUCUAUCAGAAAGCAAUAGUAAUUUACGAACACCGAGAACUAUUCUGGAACAAAAGCAGAGUGGUCUAGGGUCUCACUGUGCGGGCCUGUUUAGCACCUCAGUGCUCGGGGGUUCUUCAAGUGCACCUAACCUACAGGAUUAUGCUCGUACUCAUCGUAAAAAGCUGACUUCUUCUGGCUUCAUAGAUGACACCACACGCGGUUCUGCUGUUAAAAGGUUUUCUAUCUCAUUUGCUCGACACCCAACCAAUGGUUUUGAACUGUAUUCCAUGGUGCCUUCUAUUUGCCCUUUGGAAACCCUACACAAUUCCCUGUCUUUAAAGCAGGUGGAUGAAUUUCUUGCCUCUGUUGCUGCUCCAUCAAGUGAAAAUCUACAGGAGACAUGUACUGCUUUUAGUUCUUCUCCAAUUUAUAUGAGUCCACUGUCAGGAAGAAAAGUUUCUUUAAAUACAUACACCCCUGCAAAAAUUCAGCCAACACCACUUGAAGUUUUGCCUGAAAGGCUAGCAAUAGAGAAACCAACCACAUCUACCAGUGGAUCUUCUGGUUGUGUAUCUAAUGCUAAGUUAUCUCUUGAAGAAGCCUCACUAGAUGUAGAAAUUGGAGAUGAAACUCUUUUUGAGAAGAAAUGAAGUUGAUCAGAGAAAUUGGAAGCAGCUUCUUAAACAGUUCUUCAGUGUGCAUUUGGUUGUAGAGAAACAAACUAAAUGAUGAUUGAGCUUUCAAAAGCCAUUCAUGUCCGCAUUUCAUAGCACACUUAACCCCAUAUUGACUACAGACAGCUAGUGUGCACUCUACAUAUCUAGGUCAAAGAUCUCUUCUCAUUUUUUAAAACAUUUAAGGAAACAUUUAUUUAUCAGCUUGAUAAACUGCACAAGAACCUUUUUGGUGUCUUCAAAUAUUUACUGUACACAAAAAAAAAAAAAAAGAAAAGAAAAUAUCAAUCCAGUGGUAUGUUAUAGUGGCAUUCUUGAUGCCACUGUAAUGAAGCAUUAUGUGUUGUCAUUAUAAACUUCUAUUUUCAGGAGUUUAUAAUUUGUCUGUGAGUUUCUUUUGGGGCUGUAAGGUAACACAUGUCUUUGCUUGCAGCUUUGUCUUUUCUUUUUUUCUUUUUCGCCUUUCUUUUUUUAAUUUAACUACAUUUCCAAAGAAAUCACUCUGCCUGUUUUUGAAGUAAGCAGGUGUUUUCUGCAUUUGAAUGAUUUUGUAUUAUAUAUGCUGCAAUAGUUAAGCAUAAUGGAGUGAGUUAAUGUUAUUUUCAUUUUUGAGUCUACUUUUAUUCUAUGUUUACAUCAGACCUAUAACAUUCUAAUAUACAGUCUCUUUUGUUGUUUAGCAUUCAUGCUUAUAUGUGGGUAACCUGUAUAUCAUCCAGCAGAUAAAAUUGUCUUUUAUAUGUUUUUAUCAAAAAAAUCUUUUGUUUACUAAAAGGACAGUUUUAUUUGCUUUGCCGAAUGUUUGUACAAAAAGGUGACAUUAAAACACAGGGUUUAUAAAAAGAGAAAUGGUUACAGCUGGUCUGCUAGUAAAUUUAUCCUGAAAAUUGUAAAUAUCCCAUCUGUGCUUUAUUACCAGCCCUUCAGAGCAGAGAGAGAGUGCGGUCCUACCAGAACUCAAUGUGUAAUGUUACAACAUGUAACAGAAUACUCAGGCUUCAGGAUGGCCCCAUUGGGAUUUUCAUACCUCUCUCCUAAUUCAGUGGUUGUCAACAGCUCUCAUUAAAAGUCACUAAGAUCUUACAAGAGCUGUGAGAAACUUUAGUAAGUCAGUGGUGCUUUGAGUGAUUGGUUUAUGUGGAGUAAUUAUCCUGUUUCAGCGGUUCUUGUGAUUAUCUGUGGCAUGACAAAUUUUUUAAUGUUUAUAACUAUCCCAAAUGUAUGCAAAAUAUUGUCCACUCCUGUAAGUUCAAGCAGCUGAUUAUUAAUUGACUUCAUAAGCUACAAGUUAGAUAAUUCCUUUCACAUUGCAGAAGAUACAGCUUCAAAGUAGUAUUUUUAAGCAAGUAAGACUCUUGCUCUUUUUCAGAGUCGGUGCAACUGUAAUUAUGUUCACCCUGCCACAGAGUCUGAGUGUUUAAACUGACUAUACAUGAAAUGGCUUGAACAAGUUAAUUCUAUGGAAUACCUGUAAAUACCAAAAAUAUGAAGGGUUUCACAGCUCUGUACUAAAAACAUUUCAUUUUCUAUAGUGUAAAUGUGGUGUUGACAGUGUUUGUCCUGCAUACAACUGAAUGUACAUGUUAUGUUUACUGUUUUUUUAAAAAAAUACUGUUAAAACUUAAGUAUGCAUAUCAUUCCAGUCAACCAAAGCUGUGGCAUAACUUUUUUUUAUGUGCUCCUAAAUAAAAACAAAGUCACUGGCAACUUC